AUGCAUAUUCCAUCUUUUGCUUGCUGCAUUGUCUUUCUAUCUGUGAUCUUCUGUUUCUGCACUAAAAUCUCCUUAUCGGAUUCCGAUAAUCUCCAGGACACAUGUCCUACCUCCCUAGGAAAACAAACCUUCUUCAUCAAUGGCUUCCCUUGCAAGAACCCAAACAACAUCAGCGCCCCAGAUUUCAAGACUUCCAAACUGACCCAACCGGGCGACAUAGACAACUUCUUUGGCUCUGCAGUUACCCUUGUCACUGCCGCAGAGUUUCCAGGCCUAAACACACUUGGCCUCUCAGUUGCAAGAACUGACUUGAGAGUUGAUGGUCUGGUGAGGCUUCACUCCCACCCAAGAGCUUCGGAAAUGUUCUUUGUCAGCAAAGGCAUUGUGCUAGUGGGGUUCAUCGACACACUAAACCAGCCAUUCCAGACGAUUCUCAAGGAAGGAGAUGUGUUCGUGUUCCCCAGGGGUCUGCUUCACUUUUGUCUGAAUGCUGGUUAUGACAUUGCCACUGGUUUAUCAGUGUUCAAUAGCCAGAAUCCAGGGGUGGUGAGCAUUUCUGAUGCCAUGUUCGAGCCUAAGCCGGAUGUGAUAAAGAAGCUUACAGAGGGCUUUGUCACUAGUCACCUUAGAAAUGCCACUUUAAGUGGAUUUUCAAGUUUUUGA